AAGUCAUUGUGACAGAAAUUAGAGUUAGAAAAUAGGUUGAACCGAGCGGAAGUGCAAGUUUCUUUUGUAAUAAGAAAUUUUAUAAAAGUGUUUUUUCCUUUUUGUUUAUAAAAAUUUUACUUAUUUAAAAUGUCUGACGAUUCUGUUUGCGAGGAUCUGUGUGAUGAUGAAAUGAACGUACACCUGACGAAUGAAGUGUGGCAAGAAGUAUGUUGGGUUGUCAUUAAUGCCUACUUUGAUGAGAAAGGCCUGGUACGUCAACAGUUGGAUAGUUUCGAUGAAUUUAUUCAAACAUCUGUGCAACAAAUUGUAGAACAAUCACCUUCAAUUGAAAUUCAACCGGAAGCACAACAUGAAAAUUUUUUUACAGACCCAAUGCCAAAGUUCUCAAUCAAAUUCGGCCAAAUAUAUAUAUCUAAGCCAACUCAUUGGGAAAAAGAUGGUUCACCUGGACCGCUUAUGCCUAAUGAAGCUCGCUUGCGGAACUUAACUUACUCAGCGCCAAUAUAUGUUGAUGUGUUAGAAACAAGAGAAUACCCCGACGAUAUUCCUUGCCUCAAAAAACAUAAAAAAGCAUUUUUAGGAAAAAUUCCAGUUAUGUUGCGUUCAUCGUACUGUUUGUUGUCACACAUGUCAGAUCGAGAUUUACAAGAAUUAAAUGAAUGUCCACUAGAUCCAGGUGGAUAUUUCAUAAUUAACGGUUCCGAGAAAGUAAUAAUUGCACAAGAAAAAAUGGCUACAAACACAAUAUAUGUGUUCGCUCUUAAAGACGGCAAAUACUGCUUUAAAUGUGAAAUUCGUUCCUGUUUAGAACACACCCUCAGACCUACAUCAACUUUAUAUGUCAAUAUGUUGAACCGCAAUGCAAGAUGUGUUUUAAAAGAAAGUGUAGGCCGACGAAUUAUAGCCGUGCUUCCAUACAUAAAACAGGAAAUUCCUAUAGUGAUAGUUUUUCGAGCGUUGGGUGUUAUAGACGAUCGUGAUAUACUUGAGCGUAUGAUUUAUGAUUUCGAAGACAUAGAAGUGAUAGAAAUGAUAAAAGCAUCCUUAAGUGAUGCUUAUGUAAUACCAGAUCAAACAACUGCUCUUGGAUUCAUUGGGUCCCGCGGCGCUUCAGCAGGUGUAACUAUAGAAAAACGCGUGUCUUAUGCAAAAGACAUCGUGACAAGGGAAAUGUUGCCACAUGUUGGCAUUUCCGAAUACUGUGGAACGCAGAAAUCAUUUUUUUUAGGUUAUAUGGUCCACCGUUUAAUGAUGGCUGCACUAGGGAGAGCUGAAACAGAUGAUCGUGAUCAUUAUGGGAACAAACGCUUAGACCUUGCAGGUCCGUUAUUGUCUUUCCUAUUUCGAGGAUUGUUUAGAAAUUUAAUUAAGGAAGUUCGAUCAUUUGCACAAAGAUUUCUAAACCGUGGAAAAGGUUUUCAGUUCGAUUUAUCCAUCAGGACAAAUAUAAUUACAGAUGGACUACGUUAUUCGCUGGCUACUGGCAAUUGGGGUGACCAAAAGAAAGCACAUCAGUCACGCGCUGGAGUAUCCCAGGUAUUGAAUCGACUAACGUAUGCAUCAACCUUAUCGCAUUUACGUAGAGUAAAUGCACCAAUUGGUCGCGAUGGCAAAUUACCAAGACCUCGUCAGCUGCAUAACACACAUUGGGGUGUACUAUGUCCAGCAGAAACUCCAGAAGGUGCAGCGGUUGGUUUAGUUAAAAAUUUAGCACUAAUGGCAUAUAUAUCUGUUGGUUCAGAACCAACGCCAAUACUUGAGUUUUUGGAGGAGUGGGGUAUGGAAAAUUUGGAAGAAAUCUCGUCAUCAAUUUUAACUUACACUGCUAAGAUAUUUGUUAACGGUUGCUGGGUUGGAGUACAUAGGGAUCCAGAUGAGCUUAUAUGUACAUUACGUAAAUUGCGGCGGAAAAUGGAUGUUAUUGUGAGCGAGGUAUCAAUUAUUCUCGAACCAGUCUCCCGUGAAAUUCGAAUACAUACUGAAGCAGGUCGUAUAUGCCGGCCACUUCUAGUUGUACAAGAAAACAAACUGCUUAUUAGAAAGUGGCACAUAAAUAUGUUGAAGAAUAAUUUUUAUAAUGAUUACAAUUGGCAAAAAUUGAUAGCAUCGGGUGCUGUAGAAUAUGUCGAUACAUUGGAAGAAGAAACUACAAUGAUAGCCAUGUUUCCAAGUAAUCUUUUACGCGCUGAAAAUGUUUUAUCUAUUAUUCCAUAUACACAUUGUGAAAUCCAUCCAGCUAUGAUUUUAGGUGUCUGUGCAUCAAUAAUUCCUUUUCCUGAUCACAAUCAAAGUCCUCGUAAUACUUAUCAAAGUGCUAUGGGUAAACAAGCUAUGGGAGUUUAUAUAACCAAUUAUCACGUCCGCAUGGACACAUUAGCCCAUUUACUUUAUUAUCCAAUGAAACCGCUAGUAACAACACGUGCAAUGGAAUAUUUAAGAUUUAGUGAACUUCCUGCUGGUAUUAAUGCAAUUACAGCUAUUUUAAGCUACACCGGCUAUAAUCAAGAAGAUUCUGUUAUAUUAAACUCGUCAGCUAUAGAGCGUGGUUUCUUCCGUUCUGUCUUUUACCGUUCCUACAAGGACACAGAAAAUAGGGUAUUACACAAACAUGAAGAACGUUUUGAAAAACCAUUUAGAAGGUCAUGUGAAUCAAUGCGACCUGGUUUCUACGAUAAAUUAGAAAUUGAUGGCAUUGUUAGAACUGAUGUUCGAGUGUCAGGUGAUGAUGCAAUUAUAGGCAAAACUAUGACAAUAAUAACGACUGAGAAAGAGUUUGGUGACACAAUACCUCGUUUUACUAAACGUGAUGCGUCAACAUUUCUUCGAAAGACAGAAACUGGGUAUGUUGAUCAAGUACUACUGACCUUAAACAAUGAGGGAUAUAAGUUUUGUAAAAUUCGUAUACGUUCUGUUCGCUCUCCCCAAAUUGGCGACAAGUUUGCUUCUCGUCAUGGCCAAAAAGGAACUUGCGGUAUUCAAUAUCGGCACGAAGAUAUGCCUUUUACAAAGGACGGGAUUACCCCCGAUAUUAUCAUAAAUCCUCAUGCUAUUCCAUCUCGUAUGACAAUUGGACAUUUAAUCGAAUGUUUACAAGGAAAACUCGGGUCAUUGAAGGGGGAAUUUGGAGAUGCUACGCCUUUUAAUGAUGCGGUUAAUGUGGAAAAAAUUUCAAAUUUGUUAAUGGAGUAUAAGUAUAAUGGACGUGGAAACGAAGUAAUGUUUAAUGGUUUCACUGGUCGAAAAAUAAUGGCGCAUGUGUUCUUAGGUCCAACGUACUAUCAGCGACUUAAACAUAUGGUGGAAGACAAAAUUCAUGCACGUUCUCGCGGACCCGUGCAAAUUUUAGUUCGGCAACCAAUGGAUGGUAGAGCACGCGGUGGUGGUUUACGUUUUGGUGAAAUGGAACGUGAUUGCCAAAUUUCACACGGCACAGCGCAGUUUCUGCAUGAGCGACUGUAUACCGCUUCUGAUCCGUAUAAAGUAUUCGUAUGUAAAUAUUGUGGUUUAAUGGUAAUUGCAAAUCAACGCAAUAGUAGUUUUGAUUGUCGGGUAUGUAGAAAUAGGUCUCAAGUCUCUCAAAUACGUUUACCUUAUGCGGCCAAACUACUAUUUCAAGAACUUAUGGCAAUGAACAUUGGACCACGUUUAGUAACAUAAAUAUUUUCACUCAGUUUUUCAUUAUGCAAUUAAUUAUAAUAUAAAGUUGGUAUUAAUUUGAAGAAACAAUCAAUAAA